ACUUCGAUCACGGAGGCACAACUAGCUUUCAUAUGAACGCUCCAGUACUUCAUCACGCCAUCUCCGGCAAGAUGGUUCGCAAGUUGACCCUAGCAGGGGCGCCGCUACAUACGCCUGUCGAGUUCGGCCUCAAUGCCCUCCAUGCCGUAUGUCUUCGUCAGACAGAUUGCUCUUCUGCAAUCAGAGAGCUCGUCCGGCAGGGCGUCAAAGUGGAAGAUAUCACAGCUAGUAUAGACCGGCGGCCACCUACAUUCGUCCACCACGAGCCUCGCAGAAGAAUCCCCCAAACAGCUCUCAAUCUCGCAUGCAGGCAGCUCAAUCUUGCUCAUAUCCAAACACUGCUUGAACUAGGCGCUCACCCGCUCGAAGCUUGUCUUGAGGACAACAGUAUUGACAACCAGAACGAUGGCGAGUUCUGCAGGGUGACACCCCUUCACGAUUUGUUUGUCCCCGAUUACACGGCCUUGCAGACCCGGAUGAAGAGCCACGAGGAGAUAGAAUGCGCCAUAAAAACGGCUUUCAAUUUGUUAAUCAGCCACCCCCGCAAGGUGCGAAAGCAGUAUCGUCCUACGGAAAUGUCUGCCUCGGGUCUCCAGGUCAUGAUCUCAUGUCUAAGCUUUCGCAUGAACACUGGAUCCGUCCCGACACCUACAAAGAACAUGAUCUUGGUAAGUACACCCCGCUUCAGCUUUUCUUCGUUCAUCCGUUUUCAGACGACACCGAGAUCCCACAGGCUAUGUUCGACUUGGCAGAAGAUGGAAGGGAUCAGAUCAACGCAAUCAUAGAGCCGUUUUACAUCACGCCGCUGCUGGCACUCCUGGGCCACCGCUUCGAUCACUCCCUCGGUGUUGGAAACUUUUACCGGCCAAAGCUGGUCGAGUGGCUUCUGGCACACGGCGCCGAACCGAACAUGUGCGACAGGGAAGGCUUCUCGCCCCUCCACUAUGCAGUCUUCUGGCUCGAUGCACGGGCCGUCGAGCUUCUCCUCCGUUAUGGCGCUCGGAUCAAGCGUAAGGACAAGUUGAAGGUCAUUAAUGUCCUCUUCGGUGGCAUCUACACCAGGAAACACCAUGAAGAGUCGCAGUGUAACAGCCUACACCCGAGCAUGUGGGUGAGGAUGGUGCAGAAUGUCGACUUGCACUUCACGUCGAGUCAUAACGUCGGCAGCAGCUGCAUCGAGCGCUGGCAGCCCGGCACGUCGCUGCCCGCAUGUACGGUCCACCACGAGUACCAUUCUUCGUGGGUCUCGGAGAGGAAAGAACAGUCGGUGCACCCGGAGCUCGUCAAGCGGUGGGGAAGUUUGCGUAAAGCUAUGAGCAGGAGUGCCGAAGAGCGCAAGAGGGAGAUCUUUAAGGCGACGGUGCGAACGCCAAAGGUGCUACCCUUUUCGAAGCCCAGGGCGAUUAUGCGACGUAAUAGUGAGUUGUACCGGACCUGGUCGGAAAGGGCCAAUCCUGACACGAUUCGGUACAGUGUUUUGGACUGAGCGAUGGCGACGCACCAGAGUCCUUGGUUUCUGAACGAGAUCAAGCGGCUUGGUGGAAAGGCUGGAGAUUAUCGGCCUGGGGUUUCGCUGGGCUCUAGCGUAUGGACAUCACCGGGCUACUUAUGCGGGAGGGGGGGUGGCCAGGGCAGAGGCCGUUCCUUCAGCUGGCUGUAUAUACUUCAAUUAGCCCACCAAUAGCUCCUACCUCGUAUAUAUAAUACAG